AGUAACCGGAAAGAGUUCUCUCUGUUUUCCUGGGACACUUGGCAAGAAGCAGGAAAAAAACUGAUAGUAAAGACAGGAAGGAAGCAACUGCAACCUUCAGUGGACACUGUUCUUGGAGGGAACUACUAUAUUAAAAGGGUGAAAAAUGCUGGACAGGACUCUUCUCCUCUUGGUACUCCAUUUUGUCAUGUGCUCUCUGUCUUCUCCUCUCUAUCCAUCACUCAGGUAUACUCCACUGCCCAUCUCAGGCAAGGCAGUGAGCUUUCAACUCCAGGAAAGUGCACCAGAGCAAGGCCACAAUCUCUCAGUGGAAGAACAGGAGGAGCAGAACUUCCUCACUGACCCAGCUGAGGAAAGGAUGCAGCGUCAUGCAGAUGCCAUAUUUACCAACAAUUUCCGGAAAGUCCAGGGCAAGAUUUCAGCUCGGAAGGCCUUACAGGCAAUUUUUGGCAAGAGAUAUGGCGAAGGCCGCACCGGAGAUGUGGAGCAUGAAUUCUUGACCAGACGCCAGUCUGACAGCAUCCUUAUGGACAGUGGCUACCACCAGCAGAUGGUCCUGAGGAAUUUUCUGGGAGCCAUGUUGCAGAAUGAAAGGUCUCACGAUGUCAACAGUGAUCAUUUAGAGAAUUUUAUUACUGUCCUGACAAAGCUCAUGGAAUUGUAAAUAACCUUCCCUUCUUCCCGUCUUGUCCUGGUCAGUACCAUUCUCCGAGUGUCUUUUUUUUUGGCAGUUCUUCCUGCUUUGCAAGCAGCGUGGUGAAAUAAACUGU